AUGGACAGGUCUCCGAAACUAGAGGCGUUUGACCCGGCCAAUUUCCCUCCUUCUUACAAGGACAACGAGCCGAAAGAGUUGAAGGCCAUCCAGUACUGUAAGAACUUUCUCAAACAGUACAAUCACUUGUGUACCACUCGGCACGCCCUCUUCCUGAAACCUCUGAAUGAGUUCGGUGUCAAGGUGACCUUAGUUGUGCGAUGGAUCCUUACAGUUUUAUUUUAAGAACACGUACGCUUCUUUUGAAAGUCAAACUAAAAAAAAACACAAGGCGUAUGUGUUGUGUUUGGAGAUGUUUGCUUAACUCAAAUAGAUGAUUAUUCCAGUGGCAAGGGACUGUUGCAAUUUGUUUUUCUAGCUUCUCUAUUAUCGCAUUGAAAGAAACUGUAUUUCAAGUGUAACAUGGGUUUCCUGGCGAGUUAUUCUAAGCGUGUCCGAAAAAGAGAAAGGUUUGUUUACAACGAUGAAGACCUACAACGCCUUAAAAUACAAAAGAUACGAUUUUUAAUAAUGAAAAUUUGAUGGAAAAUCCCAGAAUCUUUUUUAAAAAAAGGGGGGGGGGGGCUGGGGGUGGGAGGGGGGGGUCUGCUCUGAUUCAACUCAAGAGUUUUGCUAAAGAAAGAAAUUUCCUAUCCUCAUUUUUCCAAUGUGGAAAGUAGUUAACAAAUUCUUUAUGCUUUUUCAAAAUCUUUUUGGUGGAAAGUGANGGGGGGAGGGGGAAACAAAACCUGAAGGGGGGGGGGGGGGGGGGGGGGGGGCUAAGGGUGAAUUUAUGGAACCAAGGCGGUUCUACAUAACAUUAAUAAGUUCUUAACAUCACGGGCACCAUAAGGAAUGGAAUGGGUUCAAGCAAGUAGCAUGAAGAUUAAAAAACAACAACAAAUCAUUGCUUCAAUUUCUCAAAUAAGAUAUUCGUUACUUAAAUUAUUGAGUUUAUUGAUCGUGGUAAUUUUUUGGUAUUAACUUUGCGGCCUUACAGUUAAGUAAAAGGUUACAGGCUUUAAACAUUUCAUCUAAGCACGAACGUUGAUGGUGGCAAGGGUUAGAGACUAUAAACGUUUCAUCUAAGCAUGGACGUUGAUGGUGGCAAGGGUUAGAGACUAUAAACGUUUCAUCUAAGCAUGGACGUUGAUGGUGGCAAGGGUUAGAGACUAUAAACGUUUCAUCUAAGCAUGGACGUUGAUCGUGGCAAGGGUUAGAGACUAUAAACGUUUCAUCUAAGCAUGGACGUUGAUGGUGGCAAGGGUUAGAGACUAUAAACGUUUCAUCUAAGCAUGGACGUUGAUCGUGGUAAGGGUUAGAGACUAUAAACGUUUCAUCUAAGCAUGGACGUUGAUGGUGGCAAGGGUUAGAGACUAUGACAAUAAGAAUGUAAACAAAGAUCUUGACAUGCGUAGUAUAUUAAACUCCUACGGCAAUCAUUGUCACCCUAAUGAUGUCGGAUGCUUCAACAGAAAGUGGCAUAUUAAAAAAAAUAUUUUUUUAACGAAACUACGACGAUGAACAGCAAAAUAAAAAGAUGUCUGUUAAGAAUUUGUAUAGAAUGGCUGGAAAGAUCACGGGAGACAGUUCGAAAAAGGUCUUUCGGAAAGUUUUGUUGUAUUAGAAAAAAAAAAAGUUAAAGUAAUUGAUCUUGUGUCAUCCCCCACUAGACAAAUCUGAUACGGUCCAAACACAGUUGAUUGGUUUGGGUGAGAAGGAGAAGCGCCGAAAUGAUAUGGUGCUCCACAUUAGAUCUAACCCAAUAGUAUUAAACAUAGAGGGUAAACUUAUGAUAAAAUAUGAUGUUUAUAUUUUUAGUUGGCAGUUCGGUUAAGUUAUACUUUAAAAAAAAAAAAAUUGUAUACAGUUAUAUUCUUUAUUUUCUGCUAGCAAAGAAUCGUAAUGGGUAAUCCCGGCCUGGGCACGGGAAGCCUUCGAUUUGCGUGUACGUUACUAAAAGAUCGAAUGUUACACGGUGUAAAACCUCUGAUAUGUAUGCUACCAAAAAUCCAAUGUUACACGGUGUGAAACCUAUGAUAUGUAUGCUACCAAAAGAUCCAAUGUUACAAGGCGUGUAACCUCCCAUCUGCCACUCCCACAGAAAGUUGUCUGCACCACCAUCGUGCCGACGCAACUUCCGUACGCGGACUUACUUGACUGGCCAGGCAUUGCCGAGUUUCUGGCAGGAUAUCUCAGCUACGAUAGGCUCAGCCCGGCCUAUGAACUGGUCAGUCACUCAAUGAUAGCGUUCAAUUUUAUGUCUUUGGUUAUAAGAGUCAGUGUGCCGGGACUCUUCUGUACGUUUUUGUGGCAUAUUGGCUGAUCAUGAGGGUCAUAUGGAAAAGAACAAAUAUAUCCGGAUUUUGUAUGUGGACUCUUAUGAUACGCUUUAUGAAUCUGUGAACGCGUUGUCAAGUUGUGCUUUUAUGUUAUUGGUGUAGGCUCUUCGUAUUAGUUGUAAAUAGCUGUUUUUGUGUAGAUGCAAUACACAGGGCGAUUGCUUAACACGUAUGCCAAAUGUUUAUGUUCCAGCCGAAGACGUUACUGGCACCGCAGACCAUUCUGGAGAGACUGCACGGCCAUUGCUUCGAGUACAGCACGGUGCUGUGUAGCAUGCUGAUUGGCGCCGGAUAUGACGCGUAUGUGGUCAGUGGCUACGCUACCCGAGAAGUGUGCAACUGUGACCUGUCGUACAACAUUUGCCCGUUUGUGGAGCAGGACCAAGUUGUAAGGCUCACUUCAACAUUACUUUACAUGGCCCAAAGGGGGGGGGGGGCGGGGCGCGGCACCGACUCGACGUCGGCAUGGACCAGUAGCACCUACCGUGGGCAUGGACCAGUAACAACUAACUUGGGCAUAAGUCGUGCUAGGAUAUAGAAUUUGAUAACUAAAUUUGAAGUCGAGAUGUAAACCUGUGAGUCUAAAAAUUUAAAUUUUAAAACUAUAAUGACACGAGCAGCGCGUUGUCUCCUUGCUCGACGUCACUAUUGCCUCCUGGGGACCCUAGGUGACUGUGGCUGACUCUGUCAUUUGUUUCGGUUCACCUUAGUGCUAAAAAUAUACCGAUUAUUUUGUUUUAAAAAUGCGGAACACUUUACACAUUAUUCAUCAAACGUCUUAAGAACCAUUUCUUAAUUUCUCUAAUUUCAUUUCCAACUCAUCACACAUUUUGCCUUAGCGAAAGGGUCCUUAAAUUUCGGCCCACGGGCCGGAUCCGGCCCAUCAGGUCUCCUAUUAUCCUUCCCAGCCAUGCUGUGGUUCUAUUCCCCAGGUAGCAGUGACAAAAAUGGAGUCCGAAAAAUGUCUCUACUUCUCGUUGAAGUAAUAUUAAUUUGAUGGUGAUUAAAAUUGAUUUUUAUUUUAAAUAUUUUAUUAUUGUUCUUUUUACCAUUUCCCCACUACACAUAAGGUAUGUGUAGUGGGCUGCAUGUGAAUUCAUUAAUAUCUUUUCUAAUCAUAUCCCACCCCAAAAAAGUCUUCGGGUCACCAAAUCGGCUUUAAGUUUAAAAAUUAUGAGGACCCCUGCCUUAAAGCCCUUGAGUCGUGUGAAGACGGAUUUUUAAAGUUAGUGAGACGAGUUCAUUACUUCUAAAUGUACACUAACACACUCCAUUGAGCCCAGGUCUACACUGCAACAAUCACCAAAACAAUCACUCGCUACUCGUCACGAUCCAAUCGAACGUUUUCAAGUGAAUACGAGUUGAGGAUGGCCACGAAAGCCGAGGCUGCCAGGCGAGCGGAGGAACAGGCAAAGAAAGAUGCAGCGAAUCGAGCUAAACAGGUGAGGUGGCGAGAAUAGCUUCCCUGUGGUGGAGAUUAGAACUUGGUGAUGUUUGGCGGCGGGGGUGGUGUUAUUAGAAGUUCUGAUUACAUUUGUCGGAGAUGGUGUUGUUGGAUGUGGUGAUGAGGUUUGGUGGAGAUGGUGUUGUUAGAUGUGGUGAUUACAUUUGGUGGGGAUGGUGUUGUUAAGGGUGAUGUGGGAGUAAGCUAGCGAAAGAAAUGUAUAAAUUUCGUCUUACCACUGCAGCAUCAACAUAUACGUCAUUGUAUUCAACCGUCAUUGUCCCUAACCAUCACAUUACCCAACUGUUAUUGUCCCUAACCAUCGCAGGACCCAACCGUCAUUGUCCCUUACCAUCAAGGUACCCAACCAUCAUUGUCCCUAACCAUCAUAGUACCCAACCAUCAUUGUCCCUAACCAUCAUAGUACCCAACCAUCAUUGACCUUAACCAUCAUAGUACCCAACCACCAUUGUAACUAACCAUCAUAGUACCAACCAUCAUUGACCUUAACCAUCAUAGAACCCAACCAUCAUUGUCCCUAACCAUCAUAGUACCCAAUCAUCAUUGACCCUAACCAUCAUAGUACCAACCAUCAUUGACCCUAACCAUCAUACUACCCAACCGUCAUUGUUCCUAACCAUCAUAGUACCCAACCGUCAUUGUACCUAACCAUCAUAGUACCCAACCGUCAUUGACCCUAUCCAUCAUAGUACCCAACCGUCAUUGUACCUAACCAUCAAUUCCCAACCGUCAUUGUCCCUAACCAUCAAGGUAUCCAACCACCAUUGUCCCUAACCAUCAUAGUACCCAACCAUCAUUGUCCCUAACCAUCAUAGUACCCAACCGUCAUUGUACCUAACCAUCGUUGGUACCUAACAGCUUUCAAAUGAUCUGAAUGUGAUAUAGAGUAAGGAAAAGUUAAUCAUUAAAAUUCUAACGAUACUUUUCUUUUGUAAUUGUUCAUUCUUCUGGCCUAGAUGGGCCAUUCCAUAAAUGAUCUCUUCUUCUGUGAUCAUAGUUUAUAUCUGUCAUCAGUUACAAGAGGCGCCUCCACCGGACCCACUCGAAGGUCGGCGAGUCCACUCCUGGGUCUUAGUUCUGAAGGGUCAUCGUGACGUUGACAAGACGUUUUUCAUUGAGCCCACCACCGGCCUGACCCACCCCACGGACUGGGACCAGUACCUGCACAUCGAAUCCAUUUGGAACCACCUCAACUACUACGUCAACAUGGAUUUCGACGAAGGAGUCGCUGUGAGUGUAUUCUGUCAAGUAAACCCCCCCCCCCCCCAAAAAAAAAAAAAAGCGAUCUUUUCUCCCUACCAUUUCCUAAAGAAAUAAUUAGCACCUGGGACCCACAGAUUGGCACAUGAAAAAGUAGUCCGGCUCCCGGCAAUAGUAAAACAAAUUGAGGAAGCAAACGGCUUAUUUUUAUUAUAAAAUAAACCACGCGUUGUAUUAGAUUCUGGGACCAUUUAUAGUAGUGUCCCUCAUUGUGUCAUAAGGUACUAAAACACACAAUAGUCUCUUUUUUUCUUACUUCAACGACCCAACAGUCAUUAUAAAAAAAUACCGUGCCUGAUAAAAUUAAACUCGAAGAAAAUAGUUGUAAUAAAGAAUUUAUAUUACUAAACUUAUAUCCACCAAAAUUUUCCAGAGAUGGUGUAAUUAAGAUGGCCUAAAGUCUUCCCAGCGUUAAUUAGGAUGACCUCAAGUCUCCCCAGCAUUAAUUAGGAUGACCUAAAGUCUUCCCAGCGUUAAUUAGGAUGACCUCAAGUCUCCCCAGCAUUAAUUAGGAUGACCUAAAGUCUCCCCGGCUUUAAUUAGGAUGACCUCAAGUCUCCCAAACACCAGUUCAACAAGUCCACCAUAAAUGUUUUUAUAUAUUUGAUCUUUGCUCUUUUUAUUUUAUUUGCUCUCUUUGUGUGGGGGGAGGGGGGGGUGGGAUUUCAUCGUCUUAUGAUUUUUGUUUUGUUUUCUCUUGCACAACUUUAGGAUCUCAGCUACGACAUUGGAGACAGUCGUCACUGGGAAUAUUUGUUCCCUGGCCAGGACCUUCACGUCAGGCUCACGAUAGAAGAGAGAGCGGAGCGUUGGACUCAAGUUGCACUGCAGGUAGUCCACUGUGGCAUUACAGGAAGGAAUUAGCAAUUUAUAUAUAUAUAUAUAUAUAUAUAUAUAUAUAUAUAAUUCUACCGUGGCAUUACCUAUUGGAAUUAUCUAUAAGAAUAGAAUAUAGUGACAAAGCCUUCAGGAAUUAUCAACAAAUAGAGAAUAUGGGGACAUAAAUAAGGAAGGAAUUAGCAAUUUAUAUAUAUAUAUAUAUAUAUAUAUAUAUAUAUAUAUAAUUCUACCGUGGCAUUACCUAUUGGAAUUAUCUAUAAGAAUAGAAUAUCGUGACAAAGCCUUCAGGAAUUAUCAACAAAUAGAGAAUAUGGGGACAUAACCAGGAGGAAUUAUAUUAAAUUAAUAUAGCUUAUCGGGACAUGACGAAGAAAAAUUAACGGUAACUGUUAGCAUAUUGUGACAGAAGUAGGAUUCUAUUUUGGGGUAUGAACUCAAGUCAUAGCUUACCUUGGAGGAUUUCAUUCAAUUCUACACACUGGUCUGCUGCAUCCUUAGCACCCUCUCGGUAUCCUAUAGGACAUCCAAAACAUUGGUCUUCUGCAUCUUAAGUUCCCAAACAGUAUCCUAUAGGACAUCCAAAACAUUGGUCUUCUGCAUCUUAAGUUCCCAAACAGUAUUCUAUAGGACCUCCAAAACAUUGGUCUUCUGCAUCUUAAGUUCCCAAACAGUAUUCUAUAGGACAUCCAAAACAUUGGUCUUCUGCAUCUUAAGUUCCCAAACAGUAUUCUAUAGGAACUCCCAAACUUUGGUCUGCUGCAUCCAUAGCAGCCUCUCAGUAUCCGAUAAGACAUCCCAAAAACUGGUCUGCUGCAUCUUAAGUUCCCAAGCAGUAUCCUAUAGGAACUCCCAAACUUUGGUCUGCUGCAUCCAUAGCAGCCUCUCAGUAUCCGAUAAGACAUCCCAAAAACUGGUCUGCUGCAUCUUAAGUUCCCAAGCAGUAUCCUAUAGGAACUCCCAAACUUUGGUCUGCUGCAUCCUUAGCACCCUCUCAGUAACCUAUAGAACAUCCCAAACAUUGGUCUGCUGCAUCUUAAGUUCCCAAGCAGUAUCCUAUAGGAACUCCCAAACUUUGGUCUGCUGCAUCCUUAGCACCCUCUCAGUAACCUAUAGAACAUCCCAAACAUUGGUCUGCUGCAUCUUAAGUUCCCAAGCAGUAUCCUAUAGGAACUCCCAAACUUUGGUCUGCUGCAUCCUUAGCACCCUCUCAGUAACCUAUAGAACAUCCCAAACAUUGGUCUGCUGCAUCUUAAGCUCCCAAGCAGUAUCCUAUAGGAACUCCCAAACUUUGGUCUGCUGCAUCUUAAGCUCCCAAGCAGUAUCCUAUAGAACAUCCCAAACAUUGGUCUGCUGCAUCUUAAGCUCCCAAGCAGUAUCCUAUAGGAACUCCCAAACUUUGGUCUGCUGCAUCCAUAGCAGCCUCUCAGUAUCCUAUAGGACAUCCCAAACAUUGGUCUGGUACAUCUUUAGCACCCUCUCAGCAACCUAUUGGACAUCCCAAACAUUGGUCUGGUACAUCUUUAGCACCCUCUCAGUAACGUAUUGGACAUCCCAAACAUUGGUCUGGUACAUCUUUAGCACCCUCUCAGUAACCUAUUGGACAUCCCAAACAUUGGUCUGGUACAUCUUUAGCACCCUCUCAGUAACCUAUUGGACAUCCCAAACAUUGGCCGGGUGCAUCUUUAGCACCCUCUCAGUAACCUAUUGGACAUCCCAAACAUUGGUCUGGUACAUCUUUAGCACCCUCUCAGUAACCUACUAUUGGACAUCCCAAACAUUGGUCGGGUGCAUCUUUAGCACCCUCUCAGUAACGUAUUGGACAUCCCAAACAUUGGUCUGGUACAUCUUUAGCACCCUCUCAGUAACCUAUUGGACAUCCCAAACAUUGGUCUGGUACAUCUUUAGCACCCUCUCAGUAACCUAUUGGACAUCCCAAACAUUGGCCGGGUGCAUCUUUAGCACCCUCUCAGUAACCUAUUGGACAUCCCAAACAUUGGUCUGGUGCAUCUUUAGCACCCUCUCAGUAACCUAUUGGACAUCCCAAACAUUGGUCAGGUGCAUCUUUAGCACCCUCUCAGUAACCUAUUGGACAUCCCAAACAUUGGUCUGGUGCAUCUUUAGCACCCUCUCAGUAACCUAUUGGACAUCCCAAACAUUGGUCUGGUGCAUCUUUAGCACCCUCUCAGUAACAUAUAGGACAUCCCAAACACUGGUCUGCUGCAUCUUUAGCUUCCAAACAGUAUCCUAUAGGACAUCCGAAACACUGGUCUGCUGCACCUUUAGCUCCCUUUAAGUAUUGCAUAGGACAUCCCAAACAUUGGUCUGGUGCAUCUUUAGCACCCUCUCAGUAUCCUAUAGGACCUCCAAAACACUGAUCUGCAGCAUCGUUAACUCCCUUUUAAUAUCCUAUAGGACCUCUCAAAGUAUAACUCACGUUUUGGUAGCUUAAAUUAAUGAAGAUUCCUUAUUUGUUUUUUGUUUUUUUAAAGGGAGACCAGUAUACGGACGAGACGUUCUUUGACGUACCAGUUUCCUGGUGCAUUCCCCUGAAAAUUACUCGAGACGGUGAGUACGUCACGAAUGUCAGAUUUUCGUUUUUAAAACAAUUUAAAAAAAAAAAAUCCCUGCUUGAAUAAUUUAUUAAGAACUACUGCUAUAAUUCAGCGAGAAGUGAACUAUUUUAACAAUUAAUAUAUACGUUUUGUUUGAAAUUUCAAAUAAUGAAUAUAUCAUGGCAUACAUAAUUUAAAAUUGUUUAUUGAAACAAAUACCCGAGCCACGCAACUGAAAAAAAGGAAACAUAAAAGAAAAAUUCCUGAGAAAUAUAUCGGACGAAAGUUCCCUCUAACGCAGUGGUUCUCAAUCUUUUUAAUGCCGCGACCCUUUUAAUACAGUUGUUCAUGUUGUCGCGACCCCCAGCCACACAAUUAUUUUCAGUUGAUACUUUAUAACUGUAGAGUAUACAUAUUUACAGAUGGUCCUAGGCGACCCCCGGGAAAGGGAGGGGUCGCGACCCACAGGUUGAGAACCGCUGCUCUAAGGUUUGCUGGUUCGUGUGCAAAAUCCUACAGCUGUGUGCAAAGUUUUACAACAUAAAUUUUUGUGUGUGCAAAAUUUUACAGCCCACAAACAAAAACACACACCUACAUGGAAAUUUGCUGCGCGGAUACUCAAAACUGCUGCGCGGCGUCUGAGAGUUAGCUGCUCGGCCUCGCAGCCACGCAGCCUAAAGGGAACAUUGAUACAGACCUGCAUUGCCGUAACUAGGGGGCACGAAGGGGGUGACCACCAUGGAGCACCCAUGUCGCAUGUAACAUGAUAUAAUGAAUGAGUUUUGUGUGUUUUAGGGAGGCACACUCUUUUGGGAUUUCGCCCCGGAUGGCAUAACGUCAAUGUACGCGACUGGGGGCUCAUGGAAAGCGAUGGUGUAGGUAGAAUUACGCACCAAUUAAAUGAUUUAUCAGGUGAACGCAAGCCCAGCCAUAGUCGCGGAUAUUUUAAAAAAUGGAUAUUGCGCCGGACGGACACAUCGAGAGGAGUCCAAAUGACAAAGGUGAAAAAGAGGAUAAACAGAUUAGUAACCUAGAUGAAGACGGCUCAUAAGGGGGGGGGGAGGUGGGUCUCACCCCCCCCACCCCCCUGAGGGAUGCCUGAAGAAAAAUCUUCAAAUAUUGUUGCUGAUACUUGGAACUUUUCGCUGACACUGAGAUUUCAGGAUUACAAUUUUCUCAAAGUACAUGGACAUGGGAUGAAUGCCCCCCUCCCCCCCCCCCUUUUUAUUUUUCUAGAGCUGCGCAAAAUUAGUCAUAUCAGACCUUUCUUAACGUGAGAUGCAUCAAAGAGGCUGAUGUCUGCAUUCGUGCUAUCACGCAGGGACUAAUGUAAUGCUCUUAUGGUGGGUCUUCCAGCUACGCUCCUGGAUAAAAUUAAAAAAGCACAGAAUAAUACGGCUCGCAUUGUUCUUCGAAACCGGAAAUUCGACCAUGCUAAAACAUUUCUGAGAGAGUUGCAUUGGCUGCCGGUUCGCGCUCGUAUAGAGUACACAAUUGCAACUCUGUGCUACCGCUGCUUGCAUGACCUGGGUCCGUCUUAUCUCAAAGCGCUACUGAUGCUUUAUGUACCCACUAGACAACUCCGCUCAUCUGAUAGUGGAAAACUCUCGAUACCACGUGUUCGCCUUGAGACUUAUGAUGGGCGCACUUUCGCAUUUGCUGCCCCAACAAUUUGUAACACCCUUCCUAUCGCUCUCAGAACGACCAGACACUGGAGUCUUUCAAAACUGAUUUGAACACUUAUCUAUUUUGCAAACAUCUGGUGGGGCGAUGUUGUCUAUCUAGCUAUUAUCUUGUAGAUGUAUAUUGGCCUGUGUUGUUUAUGGUUGCAAGGUAUGAAAGACUUAGAAUGGGUUUUCUCGUAUGUAGCUUUUGUAAUGUUGCAUUUUGUACGUCAAUGUGGUAUUUACCGUGCUUCGAGCCUUUGGGGAUGAAGCGUGAUUUUCAAAUAAUCUUUAUCAUUAUUAUUAUUAUUUAUAUAAGAACCAUUCCACUUAUAAUUUUAAAAACCUAACUUAAUAUUUACUUACGCUAGCUUAAAGAAUUGACUAAGAGAAUUGUCCUAACAUUUUCCCCAGACUUUGACCGGAAGUACCCGACUGGGAAAAGGGUAAGACGUUACAAAUAUGUCGUUGUAGAAGAUUUCUGUCGUUACUUAAACCCUGAUGGAAUGGUCAGGAAGAUUUAUGUCUACAAGGAUCUGCUCUGUAAGUUACUUCAUUAGUUUGUGGACACUGAGAUUUUAUACUCCAUUAAUUUGUGGACACUGAGAUUAGUUAAAAUGGAUUCAUUAAAUUGUGGACACCUAGAUUUUGAUUAAUAUCAUUACAUUAAAUUGUGGACACUUGGAUUUUGGUUAAAUGCCUUCCUUAAUUUGUGGAAAAUGAGAUUUGGUUAAAAUUUGUCGAUAAUGAGAUUUGGUUAAAAUUUGUCGACAAUGAGAUUUGUUUAAAAUGAAUUCAUUAAUUUGUGACAUUAAGAUUUGGUUAAAUGACUUCAUUAAUCAGUGGACAGUGAGAUGUGGUUUAAAUGACUUCAUUAAUUUGCGGACACUGAGAUGUGGUUUAAAUGACUUCACUAAUUUUGGACACUGGGAUGUGGUUUAAAUGACUUCACUAAUUUUGGACACUGAGAUGUGGUUUAAAUGACUUCACUAAUUUUGGACACUGAGAUGUGGUUUAAAUGACUUCACUAAUUUUGGACACUGGGAUGUGGUUUAAAUGACUUCAUUAAUUUGCGGACACUGAGAUGUGGUUUAAAUGACUUCAUUAAUUUGCGGACACUGAGAUGUGGUUUAAAUGACCAUUAAUUUGCGGACACUGAGAUGUGGUUUAAAUGACUUCAUUAAUUUGCGGACACUGAGAUGUGGUUUAAAUGACUUCACUAAUUUUGGACACUGGGAUGUGGUUUAAAUGACUUCACUAAUUUGGACACUGGGAUGUGGUUUAAAUGACUUCAUUAAUUUGCGGACACUGAGAUGUUGUUUAAAUGACUUCAUUAAUUUGCGGACACUGAGAUGUGGUUUAAAUGACUUCAUUAAUUUGCGGACACUGAGAUGUGGUUUAAAUGACUUCACAAAUUUUGGACACUGGGAUGUGGUUUAAAUGACUUCAUUAAUUUGCGGACACUGAGAUGUGGUUUAAAUGACUUCACUAAUUUUGGACACUGAGAUGUGGUUUAAAUGACUUCAUUAAUUUGCGGACACUGAGAUGUGGUUUAAAUGACUUCACUAAUUUUGGACACUGGGAUGUGGUUUAAAUGACUUCAUUAUCUUAUGGAUGCUGAGUGAUGGUUAAAAUAAGUUUAUGAGCAACACAUCAACAGCGUCACGAAAACUCACACACAUCCAAUGGGAUAACUUCAUCUACUUUACAUCAUACCAUUAUGCAUCAAGCAAUUAUUAACUCACAUUAUGUCCUUACAGUUGCAAUCACCUCCACUAACAUGACUUCCAUUUAAGUCAACUCCACGUGCAUAAACGAUAUUAAUAUCACAUCAGCUGAUUUGGCCAUGAUGUCACGUGUGUCAUCUGAACUAGCAUUCACAACGACAUCAAUCAUGUCUCCCCACAUCUUCUCCAUGACCUAGCAUAAUAGUUAUCACCAAAGCUUUCCAUCAACUGAAAAAGACCCAACACCAUUUAGACCACGUCUUUACGUUUGGUCUCUCCACAGGUGAGGACCUUAACUACACUCUGCGUUACUAUUCUGACCGCUCCGACCACUUGCACAGUCGCUUUCUGCACCACGAGACGGGCAAAGUGGUGGAAAAAUUUGACAAUGGGCGUGAUGAUUUCCUCAGAGGUGUGUCCUUCCAGAACCGUGUUGGGGAAAAAGUUGGGGGGGGGGGCGGGGUAGGGGGCACAUCUGCGUAGAGUGAAGCCCGGAAUCGCCAUCCGACUUUGUAGCACCUCGCCUUUGUGAAGUACAUGGAACUGUAUCGUUUAAUUUGCUAUUAAGGUCCAAACUAAAGACGAUUUUGACGCCCCUUUGAAGUUGGCACCCGACGCGAAUGCCCCCUUUCCAUUACCUCGCAUUGCCCUGAUCCUUUCUCUCGGUAGUCGUCUUUCGGUUGAUCUAUGUGUCAUCUUUCCCUAAUGCUUACAUUAAAUAUUUAAAUUGGUUGGGGGGGGGGGUGUUUCAAUGUUUCUUACAGAAGUUUAGGCUUUCUUUACUCUUAAAAAAAUAUUACCACGUAUCAUUCUUGAACCAUUGCAAGGGAAAAGUGUAUCUUGCAAUUUUUCUAAUGCCGUUAAUACCAUUAAGUUUUGUGUACUUGUGUAAGCACUGGUUCGUACUUUUAUCAGUAUGAAGAAAUUAAUCUCUUAAGUAUAUGGCUCGUUUAAAAAAAAAAGUACACAACAAAAGACGAUACCAUAUGUUAAAUACAAUAACAAGGAAUACGAUACUCAAACCAGGGCCACUCACAAUUAAUAAAUUUUAUUAUGUUAAUUAUAAAUGACAAAAUCAAAAGGACAAUACAUUUAAAGCUAUUGACUUACAGAAAAAUGAUUGGCUUGUACCGGUACAAUGUUGAAGAAGAUACAAUGUUGUAAAGAGUACAAAGAUGAAAAGGAAUCUACACACGCACAUGAAACAAAUCUCUGUCUCGUAGCAAAGCUAAAAUAGCAAACGCUCAAAAUAUCUCUCGUCUGAUCCUCUUUCCAAUCUCUCUAUGCGUUUAUAUAGCCUGUUUUAUAGAUACUUCUGGAAUGGACUACGUAUUUAUUCCUUUCUCGAUAUUUCUACAGAAUUAUACAUAAUUCUAACAACAAUACAGACCAGAGAUAUUAGUUAGUUGUAAUCGAGGUUGAGGGAGACUAUUUUUGAUAAGCCAAACUUGGGGUCAGCUUAAGUUCAUUCACCAGAAAAGAUGAAAGAAAGUAAACGAGACGCCUAUAGCAAAACUCUCGCUCAUCUUCCGUCUUUCCCCAAGAGCACCACUACUUUGCAUGUUCCCCCGGGCCAGAGAGCAAACGCAUCAUGAUUUUUGAGGCGGGGAAGAGGACAGACGAGCUGUACAAGCGUGAGGAGGAUGAGAUGACCCUUUGGAAUUACUACAAGAACAGGUCUGACCGUAAGAUUUACAAGGAGGUCAAGUUUGGACCUGAGGGGAAAGUUCUGGAGAGUCCUAAAAUACUUCUACCGGAUCCCAGGCCUAUUGAGGUAAUUGAAGUACUUUUAAAAUAAGGAAUGGGCUAUCUGAGGGACAAUGGGAGAGAGAGAGAGAGAGAGAGAGAGAGAGGGAGAGAGAGAGGGUGGGGAGAAGAAAAAGACACAUAGUCACCAGUUAAUGGGAGUGGAAUAUGGGGAAAUGGACAAGACAUUAAGGAAAUAAUAACAGGACACAAUAGAGUUGUCUAUAACGUAACAACACAAUUAAUCAUCAUACCGAUAUAGGAGCAGAACAGAUUUUGGGAGGAAAAAAAGUACAAUGAUAUUAGAGUAUGGUGACCAAACGUCCAGUAAAAACGGGACAAAAUGUCCCGUUUUUUUUUUUUUUGAACCAAACACAUUUUCAAAUCACUAAAACUUCCUAAUUUAUAACUUCAGGUUAUAUUUUGGCUAGCUGUGUAGCCAGUGCCAGUAGUGAGGUGGGCUCACAUGAUGGCUGCACUGUUCCCCCUCCACCACUCUGCCGACGCUGCGUAAACGACAGUGUCACUGCCAUCGAUCUUUUUAUUUUGUAAAAUAUGUAUAAAAAAAUAAGUAUUCACUGCUAAAUAUUUUUUUUUUCGUUUAUGAUAUGUCUCAGAGUUUAAAUUAAAUUACAAAAGUGAAGGUAUUUUGAAAAAGAUUUCUAGGUCUCAAAAGAGUUCAAAUGAGCAUAUUUCAAUAAACAGUUUCAAGCGGAGGCCCCCGGACCCCUUUUAGCUGGAGGAUAUCACCCCCCCCCCAAAAAAAAAAAAGCGCCCUCCUUGGGUGUGUCCCGAUGUGUCCCGUUUUUUCAAUAAACAGUUUCAAGCGGAGGCCCCCGGACCCCUUUUAGCUGGAGGAUAUCCCCCCCCCCCCAAAAAAAAAAAAGCGCCCUCCUUGGGUGUGUCCCGAUGUGUCCCGUUUUUCCCAGUUCAUGAUUUGGUCCCCCUAUAUUAGAGAGUCUUUUAGAUGCGAGCAAGCACCCUAUUCAACAUCUUCCUAGAGAGAAUUAUGUCAGAUGCCCUGGAAGCGCAUGAAGGGACAGUCAGCAUUGGUGGCAGAACAAUCACCAACCUACGCUUUGCGGACGACAUAGACGUGCUGGCUGGGACCGAAGAAGAGCUAGCCGACGUGUUAAAGCGUCUCGGUAAGACCUCGUCGUCUUACGGCAUGCUAAUCAGUGCCGAAAAGACAAAACUGAUGACAAAUAAUACUGCAGGCACUGAAAUGAAGGUCGGGAAGGAAAGACUAGAGACUGUCGGCUGUUUCAAAUACCUAGGAGCAAUAGUCUCAGAAGAAGGCUCCAAGCCCGAACUGAUGUCCAGGAUUGCGCAGACUACAACAGCACUAAAAAAGCUCAAGAAAAUAUGGAAUGAAAAAAAUAUAGCCCCCAGCACCAAAAUCAGGCUGAUCAUUAGUCCUCUCCAUUUUCCUGUAUGCUUGCGAAUCCUGGACAUUAACAGCCGAUCUUGAAAGGAACAUAAAGGCGAUGGACAUGAGAUGCUUCAGAAGCAUUUUUGGCAUCUGCUAUAGGGACAAUAUCUCCAAUGAUACAGUGAAAGAAAGGGUUCAUCGGGCAAUUGGGGAGUACGAUGACCUACUGGUGACUGUGAAAAAACGCAAAUUACAAUGGUACGGCCACGUAACAAGGAAAUGGGCUUGCCAAAGAAAUAUUGCAGGGCACCACAAGAGGAGGGAGAAGAAUAGGAAGACAAAGAAAAAGGUGGGAGGAUAACAUCAAAGAGUGGACAGGACUAACACUGGGCGAUGCAGUGCGUAGUGCUGAAGACAGAGAGAAAUGGAGGAGGAUGGUUCACAUGUCAUCUGUGGCGCCCCAACGGUCCAAGGACUAAGGGACUUUAGGAUGAGGAGGAGGAUGAGGAAGCAAAUUUAAUAAAACAAAAAGUAUGUACUGAAAGGAGUAGAUAAACGGUCAACUGACUGAAGUGCCCGGAUGCAAUCUUAGCGUUUAAAUUAAAUCAAAUGUAAUGAAGUGGAAACCUUAGCAAUAUUCUGAAGGGAAAAAGAAAAGCCUUAUUAAACAAAUAAACACACCUUUUUAUAACAAAAACGAGUGAAUUCAAUUAUUUAAAAGAGCGACGACAAUUGGGGUCAGAUGUAGGUUGAAAUCUAUUCGCUGACAUGUUUACACCACUUGCAGAAUAUAAAGAUUUAUUCAAAUCUAUUGUACCAGUACAUCAUCGAAAAGUUUACAAGGAACCCGGAUGUGCCAGCCAACAAUGACAUCGCCAAGGUGACAUUCAGCUUGUGGACAGAUGAGAUCGAGAUAGAAUACCACGUGGAUGACGACAGG